CCGAACACAACCGAGCCCAGCCGAGCCGAGCGCAGCCGAAUCCAGCCGAGGGGUUUUUGGCCAUGACCGAGGUGACCAAGCGCAUCCUGGUGACAGGUGGCACCGGCCUGGUGGGCAGAGCCAUCGAGAAGGUGGUGGCCGAUGGAGAGGGGCGGCCGGACGAGGAGUGGAUCUUCGUGUCCUCCCGAGACGCCGACUUGACGAGCAGCUCCGAGACCAAAGCCCUGUUUGAGAGGCACAAGCCCACCCACGUCAUCCACCUGGCCGCCAUGGUCGGAGGCCUUUUCAAAAACAUCCGCUCCAACCUGGAUUUUUGGAGGACAAACAUCCACAUCAACGACAACGUCCUGCACUCGGCCCACGAGUCGGGGGUGCAGAAGGUAGUCUCCUGCCUCUCCACCUGCAUCUUCCCAGACAAGACCACCUAUCCCAUCGACGAGACCAUGAUCCACAACGGGCCGCCUCAUAGCUCCAACUUUGGCUACUCCUACGCCAAGAGGAUGAUUGAUGUCCAAAAUAGGGGUUAUUCCGAGCAGCACGGCCGACGCUUCACCGCCGUCAUUCCCACCAACGUCUUCGGGCCGCACGACAACUUCAACAUCGAGGAUGGCCACGUCCUGCCGGGGCUCAUCCACAAGGUCUACCUGGCCAAACAGUCCGGCUCUGCUCUGACCGUCUGGGGAACGGGCAAGCCCAGGAGACAGUUCAUCUAUUCCCUGGACCUGGCCCGACUUUUCCUUUGGGUCCUGCGGGAAUACGAUGAGGUGGAACCAAUAAUUUUGUCAGGUGAGCCCUGGCUGCCCCCAAGAAGUCCCUUCUCCAUGGGGGAACAGCCACGAUCCUUCCCUUCUCCACAGUGGGAGAAGAAGAUGAAGUCUCCAUCCGGGAAGCGGCAGAGGCCAUCGCGGAGGCCAUGGAAUUCAGGGGAGAGCUCGUUUUUGACACCUCCAAGUCUGACGGGCAGUUCAAGAAGACGGCCAGCAAUGCCAAGCUCCGGCGGUACCUGCCCGGAUUCCAGUUCACACCUUUCAGGAAAGCCGUGAAGGAAACCUGUGCCUGGUUCAACGCCAACUAUGCCAGCGCCAGGAAGUGACGGCACCGGGACCGGCACCACCCGGCACCGGGAUCAUCCUCUUCGACUCAGGGUUGUCCUUUGCUGGGGCAGAGGAUGGGGCUGGGGUGGGGGGGUGACAAUGACAUUCCCAAAGUAAAAAUGGGAACCCGGGAAGCAGCUCCCACAUUCCUGCCCCACUGCUGGGAGCGGCGCGGGACGCCCAGGGCAGGGGUGGGGGAGGAAAGUUGGGGCAUCCCAGAAAGAUUCCCAAAUCAAGUGGUAGGACUUGUGUCCAAGAGGGUGGUGGCUCAGAGCUGUUAAUGAGCUACGCUAAUUACCUGCAAUUAGGUGUGGUAAAGGGAAGGCAGUCAGGAUUCCAGGGCAUGGAAAUGGCAGCAGGGAAUUUGCUGCUGCUCUUGGCACGUGGGGAUGAUCCCACAGCCCCCUGUCUCAGGAUAGGAACGGGAAAGACUCCAGCUGUAAAUGUGGCAUUUAUUAAAAUAUAUGCAAAUAGCA